AUGCGGGCACCUAACGGCUGCACGCGCGCGGGCCUCAUGGGCACCGUGCUGAGCUUCAGCCCGCGCGAGCGGCGCCCGCCCGCCGCCGCGCCGCCGCCAGACCGCGCCGCGCUCGCAUACUCGUACGAGCGCCUCAACAACGCCAAGAACCGCGAGAACCGAGAGGUGCCGCGCGACGAGCGCCGCGCUACCCUGGACGACGCCGCCAAGAUUAUAUCGGAGAAAACAGCGCUCGAGAAGAACCUCAAGAAGCACUCGUUAUUUAUAAACGCGCUCUCGUGGAAGCGAUUCUCUACGGCGAACAACAACAAGAAGAAACUGGAAUGCAAGAGCAAGAGUGUAGCGACGUUCCGGGCGCCGCUGACGGACAAUGCGCCGCUGGACCGCAACAAGAAUGUGAGCGUGCAGGGCGUGUACCCGCGGCCAGUGCCCGCGCCCGCGCCGCCGCCAGACGUCGCACGGGCCAACGCGCUCAACAACAACGUGGUAUGCUACGACAAGCUGAGCAGCUCCGGCCCGCCCGUGGUGGUGCCGCGCAAGACUGUCAUCCAGGCCUCCACCUCGGAGCUCCUCAAGUGCCUGGGCCUGUUCCUGCACACGCGCUGUCACCGCCUCCGCGACUUCCAAGCUGGGGACGCCGUCAUGUGGCUGCGGACUGUGGACCGCUCGCUGCUGCUGCAAGGAUGGCAGGAUGUGGCCUUCAUCAACCCUGCGAACGUGGUGUUCGUGUACAUGCUGGUGCGCGAGCUGGUCGAUGGCGAGAGGAUAGGCCGUCCACAGGAGCUGCAAGCCGUCGUCCUCACCUGCCUCUACCUCUCCUACUCCUACAUGGGCAACGAGAUCUCCUACCCGCUCAAACCAUUCCUAGUCGAAGACUCUAAAGAUAAGUUUUGGGACCGGUGCCUGCUGAUCGUCGACCGACUCUCCUUCAACAUGCUUAGGAUCAACUCGGAGCCCGGCUUCUUCACCGAAGUGUUCACGGAGCUGAAGGCGUGCGGCGCCGCGGUGGAGUCCCCUCCGCCGGCGCCCGCGCACCCCGCGCCCGCCCCCCCGCUCGCCAUCAGCGCCGCCUGA